AUGUCCGCGAGGGUCAUUCGAUCGGUGUAUCGAGAACUGCUGCGGCAUGCAAAGCUUAUGGACAAUCAUGCGGCGGUCAAAGCUCUCCUUUCUCGUGCGGAAGUCCCCGAGAACUUUCAGUGUCAGAAGGCCAUCUCCAGCUUACUGGGGGAAAACAAAGUGUACUACUUGCCACAUACUUCGGCCGCUGAAGUCCUUCGACGUGCAUUCCGAUCGUCGACUGGAGAUCUCGGCGCUGCGUUCCUCGCAUUGCGCUUCAUGGGCGAAAAGUUGCAUGUCGCUCGCCAAUAUGGCCUCCUCAAGGAGUCCCCUUUCCUUCCUACUCGAACUUACGAACUAUUGAGCUCACCAUCCUCGGCUUCCCCACCUUCGUCUCCUGUGGCGCUCACCAAACGAAUCCGCAGCGGUGUGUUUUUGAUCGCACAUCCGAUGCUCUACCGGCCAUUUGAGCAAACGGUGGUUCUGGUCACGAGUCACAGUGCAGUGGGCACGACGGGCUUUAUUGUUAAUGAAAAAGCUGGCAACAGGCACACGUUGUGGCCAAAUUACGGGGUCGACACCCACCUCAAGCCUCUCUUUGGCUCCCAUCAAGUGCACUACGGCGGACCUGUCGGCGGCGGGUCCGUUCAGUUUUUGCAUGCGCAGCCCAACAUUGGAGGCACCGCCGUGAAUGCCACAUCCCUGCACGAUUCGAGCCCCCUCUUCGUAGGUGGGAAUCUCAUGGACUUUGCAAAGUUGCCUAACUCGAAUCCCAACGAGGUCGUAUUCUUCAAUGGGUACGCGGGAUGGACGCCCCAGUUGCUCCAAAAAGAACUCGAUGUGGGCUCGUGGAUCAUGGUGACGGCACCGCUGUCCAUGGCAAUUCGGUCUCCCGCGAAGAACCUGUGGCGCUACCUGCUCAAGCAGCUCGGUUCCGAGUAUGACCAAUUUGCCGCGAUUCCACGCAACGUCGACUUUACUGUGCAUGUGUCGUAACAUUGGAAAAUCGCAC